AUGAUUGCACCGCCGAGGUUCAAGACUGUCGUGGUGAGCGUCGACGCGGGGUCCCACGUGGGAACCCUGCGCCUGAACCGACCCUCCAAGUCCAACGCCAUCGACGGAGACAUGUGGACGGAGAUCCCGAAAGCGGUGCGUUGGCUGGACGACCAGGCCGAAGUCCGGGUGGUGGUGGUGACUGGCGCUGGGAAAAACUUUUGCGCGGGAAUCGACGUGUCGAGCCCGGAAUCACUGAUGUCGCAGCUGGGGCAGGCGACGGCCGUGAAGUGCCCGGGGCGCAAGGCGGAGGCGCUGUUCAGGCACAUACGGGGGCUCCAGGACAGCUUCACGGCGUUCGAGAGGUGUCGUAAGCCGGUGAUGUGCGCGGUGCAGGGCGCAUGCUUCGGAGGGGGCGUGGACAUGGCGGUAGCGUGCGACAUUCGGUACUGCUCCGCGGAUGCCAGAUUCUGCGUCAAGGAGGUUGACCUGGCGAUAACCGCCGACAUCGGGACACUUCAGAGGCUUCCGACGCUCGUGGGACACGGCGUGGCGACGGAGAUGGCGCUCACCGCGAGAGUCGUCGGCGCGGAGGAGGCGAGAGCCAUCGGGCUCGUCACGGAGGUGGCGCCGAACGCGGCGGCGCUGGAGGCGUUGGCGGGGGAGCGCGCGAGGGCGCUCGCGGCCAAGUCCCCGCUCGCCGCGCAGGGGACGAAGCAGGCGAUGCUGCACGCGAGGGACCACAGCGUGAGGGAGGGUUUGGAGUUUGUGGCGAUGAUGAACUCGGCCAGGCUGACGUCGGAGGACCUCGGCGAGGCGAUGGCCGCCAAGUUCGCCGGGCGAGCGCCGACGUUUUCGAAACUGUAAUAG